AUGAAGACUGCCUAUAACGCCUAUCGAUGCCUGGCCAAGGAUCUGGAAGCUUACGGCAUGAACCCAGAGAUGACAAUGGACAGCAUUGGCAAUCUGCAUGGCGGACUGAGCCAUGACCAGGACUUGAUGAACAGCCACAGCCCCCAUCACAAUCGGAACGCGGGGGCUUCUUUGCGGUUACAUCAGGAUCUGGCAGCGGCAUCGUCGCGGUCCUCCAUGGUGUCCAGCAUGGCAACGAUUCUGGACGGAUCCGGAGACUAUCGACAAGAAUUGUCGCACCCGCUCCAUCACGCUAUGAGCAUGCCGUGUGAUACGUCCCCACCCGGGAUGGGCAUGAACGGCACAUACACCACGUUAACUCCACUUCAACCCUUACCCCCCAUUUCAACCGUUUCGGACAAAUUCCACCAUCCGCAUCACCACCACCACCACCACCACCACCAGCGUCUCUCUGGGAACGUAAGCGGGAGUUUCACGCUGAUGCGGGACGAGAGGGGUUUACCAGCAAUGAACAACAUCUACAGUCCAUAUCAUAAGGACAUGACCGGGAUGGGUCAGAGCUUAUCCCCCCUGGCCAGCAGCCCUCUUGGCAAUGGCUUGGGUUCCAUUCAUAAUACCCAGCAAAGCCUCCACAACUAUGGCACACAUGGGCACGACAAGAUGCUAAGCUCCAACUUCGAUGCCCACACUGCCAUGCUAGCCAGGGGAGAUCAACACCUCUCACGAGGCCUCGGUGGACCCACGGCAGGUAUGAUGCCGCAUUUGAACGGGAUGCACCACAGCGGGCACCCGGGCCACUCUCAAUCCCACGGGCCUGUGUUGGCUUCCAACCGGGACAGACCGCCCUCCUCCUCGGGACAACAAGGUAACAACUCGGGGCAGCUUGAAGAGAUCAACACCAAAGAAGUGGCACAAAGGAUCACAGCCGAACUGAAGCGGUAUAGCAUCCCCCAGGCUAUAUUCGCCCAGAGGGUGCUGUGUCGCUCGCAAGGCACCCUUUCAGACCUCUUAAGGAACCCCAAACCUUGGAGUAAACUUAAAUCUGGAAGGGAGACCUUUCGAAGGAUGUGGAAGUGGCUGCAGGAACCCGAGUUUCAGAGGAUGUCGGCCCUACGGCUUGCAGGUAAGACAAGGUAUCCUCAAUAAAAACCGAUCCGUCUCUGCUGCUGUUUGCUGCCUGUCUGCCUGCCUUCCUCUGCUCGUAGUCAGGCAAUAGCCCUGCACUAAAACACAGUUCAGAAUCUAUCUAUCUAUCUAUCUAUCUAUCUAUCUAUCUAUCUAUCUAUCUAUCUAUCUAUCUAUCUAUCUAUCUAUCUAUCUAUCUAUCUAUCUAUCUAUCUAUCUAUCUAUCUAUCUAUCUAUCUAUCUAUCUAUCUAUCUAUCUAUCUGUCUAUAUAUAUAUCUAUAUAUCUAUCUAUAUAUCUAUCUAUACCUCUCGCUGCAGAGUAGACUAGAUGAAUGACAUUUAUUUCAAAUUACAGUAGUAAUAUUGUUAUUAUUGAUCCAUAAUAACAAUUGACCAAAAAUCAAAUCAAAUCAAAAUCAAAUCAAAUCGAUAUCAAUGACAAGGUCAAAGGAUUUCUCUCUCGAAUAUUAUCCAUUUAAUAAUAGGCUAUUUAUGUUAUGGCUAUUCUAGGGUAUAACCCUACCCUUUUAGUGACGAGCAAGUUCUUCUGAUGAAAUGUCAUGUGUGGCUAUAUUUUAAUGUUUAUAUGAGAUUAUUAUAAGCAGAUAGAUAGGACCCCCAGCUUUUAAAAAUGUGCUGCAUUGAAAACAGCACCAGCCCCUAAUAAAAAAAAAUCCCCUGAAAAAUGUAAUAAUUAUAGACAAUUUUGCCGUUUGUUGUUAUGGGGAGGCCUAUCAAUUCUUUAUAUAUAUAUAUAUAUAUAUAUAUAUAUAUAUAUAUAUAUAUAUAUAUAUAUAUAUAUAUAUAUAUAUAUAUAUAUAUAUAUAUAUUAUAUUUAUGUUUUAUUGAAUAGACAUAUUUACACCUGGAGUAGGCAGGUUAUUAAUGCAGCCUAAGGAAUAUUGUGCAAAUGCAUUGCUUGGACUUUUUCUGUGCGUGUUCCCUCAUUGAGGCGAGAGACAGAGACAGAGACAGAGACAGAGACAGACAGAGAAUGCUGUUGAUUGUGAUGAGAUUUUUCCAAUCAAAGCCUGGGAUGCGUUGAAAAGCGGGUAAAUACAUGCAUGGUCGCCCUAUAGUAAGGCUGGUGCCCCCUCUAGCGAGAACACGUAGAACGACUAGACCGGCUUUCUUUUGUUCCGUCAAAGCGAAAUAAAUGUACCCUCUCUACAGUUGGUUCCCUUUCAGAAUUGAUUGUGGAUUGUAUUUAAUGAGGUUUCUCGUUUUCUUUUAGUUCACUGUUAUCACGAUCGUCCCAAAAAAAUAUUAAUAAACUAGUCAUUUUAAGCAAACAAACAUUGCCUAUUAGUAAAGGCAAUUUAUUUUUCACAGAUGAAUAUAACUCGAUAUGGGCUAUCCUGAAUGUAAACUAUUACAGGCGUGUAGGCUGUACAUUUAUGGUCAUUAAGUAUAGUGUGGAAAGUCGACUGUUUUGUCUAAAUCGAAGGGGAUAUUGCCUGAUUGAGAUGAGGUUUGGAAAGGAAGACAGACCCGUUGCGAAUAGUGGAUCAAUAUUUCAAAUUCUGCGCAUUUUCUAAAAGGGCACGAUCGCUGUACUGUAACACCAAAACAACUACACCAUCAGAUGUCAUUUAUAUAUAAAAUAGGCCUACGUAAUGUAUUGAUCAAAGGGGUAAUAAUAACAUUUGAGGAGGCUUUAAUGCAAUGACUAAUAUUGUACGGAUGGAAAGAUAUUGGCUUGCUCCAUAUCAUAAUCUGUAACAUAUUUUUCCUUCUAUGAUCAGUUAAAUGCCAUGACUUCAUGCAGCGAACGUUGAAAGGCCUUUUUUUAAUAUUCACAUUAGUUAUGGAACGAUUGUAAACAAAAUUGACAGCAUGAAAACAUCACCAAAUAUAGCCUAUAUCAUUGGUAGCCUACAUUAUUAUUAUUAUUUUUUAAAUGAUAGGGGGGAAAAGGCGUUGCAGACUUCCCUUCUUCCCCGCAGCAGCAUCAUUAGUUUCCAGAAAGCGGUAACUCUGCGGCCAGGCAGCUCAGGGCUUUGGGGGAAGGUAUUAUGUGAUCGGCUCGGCGCGAGGCAGCAGCCAGGGAAUUGAAAAGAAGAACAGAAGCUGCAGCGCGCGCGGCUCAAUGAAUUAUUGAUAUAAAUCUCGGCGUGACCCACAGCUCGAGCACAAAACGUCACCUUGUCGCGUUAACCAGCUAGGCGAAAUGUGGAGCAGGGCGCGAGGCUUUUGUUCGCAGUUCGUUGUGCAGAAUCAGCGGGUGUAAUAGAACAAUUACUUCAAUAAAUAUCACGGAUUGAAAAUGCUAACGUUAAAUCAUAGGAUUAUGUCAAAGAUGUGGUUGUAAUGCAAUUUGAUUCGUAAAUGCGGAAUGUUUUUUCUCUCUCCAAUUAAUCACCUUAUGUAAAGUAGGCCUAAAUAAAUAUAGGUUUAUAGGCUCAUCAAUAGUCAAUCAAUAGUCAAUUGGCCUUUAGGCAAUAACCACCAUUGCAGUAGCUGUUGGUCAUUGGCCUAUAACCUAUAUCCUACUAAUUAUUUAAUACAACAGCUUCUACGCAGAGAAUAUAACUGGUGCCCUUUCGCUGCAUAGUUUCAGCGGGGAAAAUGGCCUUGUCCCAGCUUGAAUAGUUUAGUCAAAUCAAACGUGACACUUGACUCAAACUUAUUCCACCUGCACUCGACACUGCUGCGUGUAAUCAGGCUGUCCUGGUCCUGGCUGACACCUCCAUGUGCGGUCCACGGACCCGACAACAUUCCCUGUUACAGCUAGCCUAGCCGACAUCAUUGAUAUGCGGUUUACAGUCCAGCUGAAAUAACUUGACCAAAUAAAUAAAUCACAGGGGACACGCGUCAUGAUAGAAUUCUGGACGGUUGAGAUUGAACAGGUAAACGUUAUUAGGCCUAUGCAUAAUUAACGAAUGAGUGGAUAUAUGCAAAAAUAAACAAAUAAAUAGGCCUGUAAACAAAUAAGAAAUCAAAAUUGGAUAAUAAAUGCACCCUUAACUAUAGACGAUCGAAAAAAAAAAAAAACGUAGGCCUAUAUUGCUUUUAUUUCGAAAAUAAAAUAAUGAAAAUCCUUUUAAAUGAACCAUUGUGUUUGUUAUGUCUAAAUUAUGCCGAUUUAACACUGUAAUCAUUCCUACAUAGAAACAUACACUCCAAUACCUCUACCUCUUGUGAAAUGAGAAGCAUAUAGGCCGACUGUAUUUUUCAAAAUAUUCCUCUGGCGUCACUGAAAUUAGACCCAAGCUAAAAUAGGCCUUUGAAAAAGGCAAAUAUUCUAAAUCAAAUUUAACAUGAAAUUACGUUGUAGGAAAAUGAUGUUCAUGUGAUGUACUUGGGCACAGUAAAAAAAAAAAGAAAAAAAAAAAGGGGAAACAUGACUAAAGAAAACACACGGGACAUUUUGUUUAUUGUCGCUCCUGCCUGCCGUUCUUUCAGUUGUUCAGUUGUCACUUUUUUCAAACAAAUCUGUUAGGGCGGUACGGAUGUGGAUCGAUGGCGAUAAUCUCCACAAGAUUAAAAGGGAAUUAAUUCUGGCAACAAUAACAUAAACGUGUGGACCCAGUUCGCAUUGAUCAGCUGAACCCGAUACGGAGCCGUUCCGGUAAAGCCGAUGACGCAGGCGGGGUUUUACCUUCUUCCCAGCACUGGACCCACAGUAUAUCUCUGAUGCCCUCUCGCUCACAACGCCCACAUCAACCGUCUCAGACCAAAGACUGCCCUGUUUUGUUGACUUGACACUACAGUUUGAGAAAGAUUGAACUGAGACGUGUCUUGAGAGUAUUAUUUAUUGCAGCCUAAAAUGAAAUGAUUUAAAUGUGAUUUUCCAGGUAUUUGAGGCAUAAAUUGAGAGUGGCAGUGUGUGGUGUUCUAGGUCUAGCCUAACUGUCAGUUAGCCUUGAUGUUUGAAGCACAGCUGUCAUCCAGAAAUUAUUGAUCUAUUAAAAGUCAACAUGAUCUUGUGCUUCAUUGAUUUAGAAUUUUUAAAAUGUACCUUGAAGAAUGAAGUAUACCUUAUUCUAAAAUGUAUAAAAUAAAUGUUUUCACUCAUCGAUCUUAUUAUUAUUAUUUUUUCUUUAACCUUCAUUUAAUUAGGCAAGUCAGUUAAGAACAUAUUCUUAUUUACAAUGAUGGCCUACCAAAAGGCAAAAGGCCUCCUGCGGUGACGGGGGCUGGGAUUAAAAAUAAAAAUAUAGGACAAAACACACAUCAUGACAAGAGAGACACCACAACACUACAUAAAGAGAGACCUAAGACAACAACAUAGCAUGGCAGCAACACAUGACAACACAGCAUGGUAGCAACACAACAUGGCAGCAGCACAACAUGGUAACAGCACAAAACAUGGUACAAACAUUAUUGGGCACAGACAACAACACAAAGGCAAGAAGGUAGAGACAACAAUACCCCAUAAUGACAAAGCGAAAACAGUUUUUUAGAUUUUUUGGGAAAAUGUCUUAAAAAUAAAAAACUGAAAUACCUUAUUAACAUAAGUAUUCAGAUCCUUUGCUAUGAGACUCGAAAUUGAGCUCAGGUGCAUCCUGUUUCCAUUGAUCAUCCUUGAGAUGUUUCUACAACUUGAUUGGAGUCCACCUGUGGUAAUUUGGAAAGGCACACACCUGUCUAUAUAAGGUCCCACAGUUGAUAGUGAAUGUCAGAGCAAAAACCAAGCCAUGAGGUCGAAGGAAUUGUCCGUAGCGCUCCGAGAAAGGAUUGUGUCGAGGCACAGAUCAGGGAAUGGUACCAAAAAAUGUCUGCAGCAUUGAAGGUCCCCAAGAACACAGUGGCCUCCAUCAUUCUUAAAUGGAAGAAGUUUGGAACCACCAAGACUCUUCCUAGAACUGGCCGCCCGGCCAAACUGAGCAAUCGGGGAGAAGGACCUUGGUCAGGGAGGUGACCAAGAACCUGAUGGUCACUCUGACAGAGCUCCAGAGUUCCUCUGUGGAGAUUGGAGAACCUUCCAGAAGGACAACCAUCUCUGCAGCACUCCAUCAAUCAGGCCUUUAUGGUAGAGUGGCCAGACAGGAAGCCACUCCUCAGUAAAAGACACAUGACAGCCCGUUUGGAGUUUGCCAAAAGGCACCUAAAGGACUCUCAGACCAUAAUAAACAAGAUUCUCUGGUCUGAUGAAACCAAGAUUGAUCUCUUUGGCCUGAAUGCCAACAGUCACGUCUGGAGGAAACCUGGCACCAUCCCUACGGUGAAGCAUGGUGGUGGCUUCAUCAUGCUGUGGGGAUGUUUUUUAGUGGCAGGGAUUGGGAGACUAGUCAGGAGAUGAACGGAGCAAAGUACAGAGAGAUCCUUGAUGAAAACCUGCUCCAAAGCGCUCAGGACCUCAGACUGGGGCAAAGUUUCACCUUCCAACAGGACAAUGCUGGAGUGGCUUAGGGAGAAAUCUCUGAAUGUCCUUGAGUGGCCCAGCCAGAGCCCUGACUUGAACCCGAUCUAACAUAUCUGGAGAGACCUGAAAAUAGCUGUGCAGCGACACUCCCCAUCCAACCUGACAGAGCUUGAGAGGAUCUGCAGAGAAGAAUGGGAGAAACUCCCCAAAUACAGGUGUGCCAAGCUUGUACCCAAGAUAACUUGAGGCUGUAAUUGCUGCCAAAGGCGCUUCAACGAAAGUACUGAGUAAAGGGGCUGAAUACUUAUGUAAAUGUAUUAUUUCAUUAUUUUGAUGUUUAAUAAAUGUGCAAAAAAUUAUAAAAACCUGUCUUUGCUUUGUCAUUAUGGGGUAUUGUGUGUAGAUUAAUGAGGAAUAUUUUUUAUUUAAUCCCAUUUUAGAAUAAGGCUGUAACGUAACAAAAUGUGGAAAAUGUCAAGGGGUCUGAACACUUUCCCGAAUGCACAAUGUGUGGUGUCUAUCUCAUGUACACUGAAGUGGUACCCUAAUAAUGGUAUUUCAAAUGGGAAGGAGAAAUGCAGUGUGUAAGUUCGUGUGUAUGUAUCCUAAUGUUGUAGUCGGCUAAAGCACACAGCGGUCUAGAGAACAGAUCACCACACCAAGCCUUUUCCCUGUGUGCCUCCUCCCUUACAGGUGCCAGUAGAGAGCACUCCGUGAUUGGGUCAAAUGGGAUGCACUGUCAGACACUGACAACAUUGUGCACAGGGACCCAAAACUAU